AUGGAAAACUGUUCUUUGCAGGUAUUUAACCAUAAACAUAAUUAUAUUGAACAACGUGGAAAGAUGCUCUCCCUACUUCAUGAACAUCCCCUGGAGCAGGUCAAUCCUAUGGAAGUGUAUAGACCAUAUGGAGGACGGUGGAAGUGUGACAACUGCAAUUCUGAGAGUGGUGGGAUGAACCCUUUUCCCUUCCACUGUAGACUAUGUUCUUUCGACCUGUGCUAUUCUUGUAUGAACAUACAGCAUCAGGUAAGCAACUUGAUCCAUCAGCAUCAGCUGUAUUACAUGGAGACCAGUCGACUAUGUUAUCAAAAUCAGGACGGAAUUUGGCGGUGCGAUGUUUGUAAAAAGACAAGUGAUGCACUGAGAGAAACAUUCUCAUACCACUGCCCAAUUUGUGAGGACUUUGAUGUUUGCCGCAGCUGUUAUGAGCCUAAGAGGCAUCCUAUCCAUAUUCAUGAGCUUAAAGUGGUUGACACGUCACUAAUCUAUUCUCAAACUGGUGGAAACUGGUUUUGUGACAUCUGUGGGACCACGAGCAGGCCAUAUGAAAAGUAAGUGAAAAUUUUGAUAUGUGAUAUCCCAUAUCAAGUCUUUAUACCUCGCUAAGAAAAGUGGUCGAGAAAGGGUGUUGCAUUGAUGUUUUGAGUAAUGUUUUCCCUGUUUUCUUUCAGCUUCUCUCAUCAUUGUGGAGAUUGUGAAUUUGAUGUGUGCCAAGAAUGUUUUAGGCCGCAUACUACACCUCUACAUGAACACCCGCUAUACAGGGCAGACUCACAUCAUGUGUAUGUACAAUUCAGUGGUGGCUGGCGAUGUGAUCGUUGCGAAUCCGUGCACAAUAACCCCACGGAUAACAAACCAUGGCAUUGCCAAACAUGCGAAUUUGAUCUUUGUCAUGACUGUAUGAGUACAGCAAUUGAAGGUAAGAAUUCAUAUCCAGUAGGAACAGGUCAGAAACAAUUUUACUGCUAGGCCUAGAUGCCCUUAUACAGGUAACAAGCGAAUUUCUGCUUCAGUCAAAUGGCUCUCACUGCUACAGUAGAGCCUUUGUUAUCAUCCCAGUUGUAGCAGUAUAGGAUGAUAGGGAGUAAUUCUCCCCUCCCCUCCCCUUCCCUCCCUAACCCCCACCUCUGGAUGGGAUGGCAGGCCAGUCCAGCCCAGGGUUAUUUCUUUUCACCUAAAAUCCGUUUGUAUUUUCUCCAUACUGUCCUUCAUACAGUUCUUAUGGUACUGACAGGAUAAUUUAUUAAGUACCAAUCAAGAUCCUCAACACUGGGUGAUCAUGUGCUUUCUUCUCAUUGCAUUGGUGUUUGAUUCAGGGGUGAUAUGGUAGAGAGAAAAUAGAUGCAGGUCACUAUAAGAUGUCAAAGGGUUAAGUAGCCCCAGCAUUUCAAAAGAGAAGGUCCCCAUGACAUUUGCCAGGACUUGAAACAUUCCUGUGUGGAGAUAGGCAUUGAAAGUCAUACUGUGCAUGUAACUUUUUCUCUGAUUUUCCUCAUGUCUUUUUCACUUGAGUUUUCUGACAAUUUCUUUUUGUGUGUGGUUAUUUAGCUGCCGAUCAAACAGGCCCAUCACCAGGACAUUUUGGCAGAAAUAGGGGAUUUGCCCUGCCCAGGACAGGUUUGUAUACACUCAGUAUAACCUAACACCUGUGGUCCUAUUGAAGUUCAAGUCAGACUUGUUUUGAUGACGGUAUUUUGAUGACUGUCUUCUAGGCAAUAGCACAUGUACAUACUGAGACUUCCUUCAAUUUCAUGUCCUCAUAACCAAGUGAUUGAUUUUGUUACGUCUCCCAUACUGAUUUCUGGUAAUCAGUUAUACUCCUGGCUCUAGAGAGGCAUUAUGAGGAUGGAAUGUCUUGCUCAAGAGCUCCAAACAGUACCUACUUGGGAUCUCCAUCUCUCAAGCUGGGGGGUGACUUACCAAUUCACCUUUUUUCCUCCCACAGCCUAAAUGUUCAGGAAAUUUUGUAUGUUUCAUUCAAGAUCAUUAACUCAUAAAUCUACUUUUUGAAGGGCGGCAACCACAAGAGAAUCCUUGGGUUGUUAGAAAUCGCUUGACGCCAACACCGAACAGUGAGUCUGCCUCACCGUUCCCAUUUGUGACAGAGAAAGGCAACACUCUUGCUUCUCCAGAAGACACAGAUGACAAUUCCAAGUGCAUCAUUUGCAUGGAACAACCCAAAAAUGCUACAGUCAUACAUGGUGACACAGGACACUGCUGUUGUUGCUAUGCCUGUGCGCAAGUGCUCAAACAAAGGGGGGACCCUUGCCCAAUUUGCAGGGCCCCUAUUGAUCAUGUGAUCAGGCAGUUUAAUGCUUGA